AUGGGGACAAACAACUUAGUUCCAGUUAGAGCACUUGUUGAAGUAGAUGACAUUUCUAAAAUCGAUUGGUGUGCAUAUUUGUUGUACUGUGUGAAAAAUUCAAAAGGGAGAUGGCAUCCAGACAACCCCAAGUGUUAUUAUAUAGGCCCGAUGUUGUUGCUAUUGCUAAUUUACUGUGAUGAAAUUGAAUGCAAGCUCCAAAAAAUAGAACGUAAAACACCAUUAGUUACGAUGUGGACAGCAGAUAAGUUGAAGGAAAGACAAUCUUUUGAGAUUGAAGCUGGUGGAUUUGGGGUUGGGAAUCUAAUUGAAAAAGUUCAAAUUUAG